CAGUGGCCAAGAAAAUGUCAUCAUCAACAUCAUCAACAUCUCUGCUUCUUCAUCUUCUCCGACCACCGUCACAAUCACCACCGCCGCCGCCGCAUUCUUCCACCAUUAACAACUUUCAUAAAACCCCAUCAAAUUUCACUCCUAAAAUCCAUUUUAUUCACACAUUCAAACAACCAUCUUUAUUAUUAACAGCAAAAGCUCUAACAGAAUCAUCAUCAUCAUCUGAUUCACUUGACCAACAAGUCCUUCUUCUUCAAGAACUUUCUGAAAGUUUUAAUCUUCUUCCACCUGAUUACUUUUCUCUGCUGCCCAAUGAUCUUCGUUUAGAUCUUAAUGAUGCUGCUUUCGACCUCUCGAAUGGGCCGGUGAUGGAUCAGUGUGGACAAGAGCUUGGAAUGACAUUGUUAAAUAUAUCUCGAGCAUGGGAGUCGGCCGAUACGUCGACUUCAACAGCUUUAGUCAAUAAUCUUCCUUUGCUAUUCAGCUCGCUGACCAGCAACAACAAAUCAGCAUUGGGCAAACGGUUGACCUCUGCUGGAAGGAGGUUUCAGUCAAUGGGACAAUAUGGACAAGGUGAACUACAGAGGAUUUCCAAAGCUAUGAUUUCAAUUGGGAAGCUUCUUUCUUCAAUUCCUGUUUCCGAAGAAACAGAUAAAGAGUCGAAAGGGGAAACUCGGAUGUUCAAGUUUGGUGAGCUUCAGGUUGAAUUAACACGAGAAAAAGCUUACAUUGGGGCAGUAAUCGCCUUUGUUUACGGGAUUAUUUCAUGGGAAAUAAGUCAAGGACUACAGAAUGUACCAGAGAGCUCAUUCCAGUAUGCAAAUGAAAAUGCUGCUUUGAUUGCCCAGUCUUUGCGUGGAGCUUUACUUGUCACAUUUUACGGAUCCACGGUUUUGUCUGGUUUUGCAACCAUCGGGUUACUAUUACUUGCACGGGAACUCAAGUCUGGGAAAAGUUGAGCACGUACAUUACACUAUUAUGUAUGUGUGUAUAGUUGUUACUUCAGCAAAUAUGUUAUUUUUGACAAUAGGUAUGUGUUAUUUGAGCACUGUAUAUAAUGUAUACAUUCACCUUAUUGUCGUUUUGAUUUUGAGCUUUGUAUAUUAUAGCUAUUUUAAAGCAAGAAGUGUCUAGUAGUAUGUGUUCUUUUUGUA